AUGAAUAAUCGAGAAGAGGAAAAGCAGACCCAAUAAAUGGAUGAUACGUAAAUAUGUAAUUUAAGUAAGAGCAAAUAAUAAUGAUGAGGAGUAGAGGUAAUAAUAUUUAUAGGAUUUGCAAAAAAGAGUGAAAUAAUCAAGAAAAUAGCCUGAUUGCUUUGAAUGCUGUUUUGCAUAUUGGCUGUUCAUCUUUUUAGGAUUUGUAUUUAGAUAACUCUUCUUAAACAAAAUUAAUGAAACGCCUGAUGGUUGCGACUUCAUUGGAUAAAUUAUAACAGUUCUGUUAAUUUUGUUUUCGCUCUCUGCUUUUUGUAGAUGCAUUGAUGGUUGCUGCAUUUUAAUACCCUGCAAAAAUACUAGUUGUUUUCAUUUAUCAUUAAGAUUUCACGAUCUCAAUAAUGAUAUCAAUUAUCAGACAUGCAAAUGGAGCUUGAUUAUAUUGACUGUUAUUUGGCUACUCAAUUAUAGUUGCAUUGUAUUUUGGCCUAUGUUUAUUUUCCUAUUGAUCACCUGGAUAUUAAUAUUAGUAUGGAAGCGAAUGGAAAAUGAAUGAUAGAUUUAUUGAAUAAUAAUUUUAAAAC